AUGGACCUGUUUCUCUAUAACCCUACCUACCAGGUCUGGAUCUGCACCGGCCCCUGCUGCCAGUACGCGGUCUCACCCCUGACCUUACUGGGCCACCUCUGCACCCGCCACCGGUCCCAUCCCACCGUGGCCACGCCUGCCCUCCGUCAGGCGGUGCUGACCCAGAUGCUCCAGCGGCCAUGGGCGGACGCGAGCCAGGGGCCCUGCCCCCAGCCCUCCGCGGGGACCCCCCGUGCCAGGUCUGCCGGUGUACCAGGGCCACAGCUGCCCGCAUUGCCCCUAUAUCUGCCGGUCCCCGGCCCUGCUUCACAAACACCGCGCCCAGAAACAUCGGGAGCAGGAGGGGCACCGGGGCCAGGGCCGGCUCUCAGCGGCCCAGGCCCAGGCCUGCACCCGCGCCCGCCUGGCCAAUCGCGUGCCAGGCCCACUAGCCCCGUCGGCCACCCCCAGACCCCUGCGGAGCGGAUCCGCGCCUAUGUCAACCAGGCCCUGCAGGAGAGGGAGGCCGCGGCUGAGCUGGCUAACAGCCAGGUCCCCAGCCUUGGCGCCCACCCGACCGAGGUCUCUCCCUGGCUGGAGCUGACCCGCUGGCCGGAGUACCUACGGGGGCAGGACCUGACGGCAGUAGCCCUGCUUGGUAGCCUACCUGAUCCGGCCCAGGAGCCCCUGCUGGCCCUGUUCAGCACCAGUAUCGAGCGGCUGAUCCAGCAGGCCUACCAGACCAUCUGGAGCGGCCAGAUCAACAAAUUUGACCAGGUCCAGAUCAAUACCUUCUUCUGGGAGCCUGGGGUCUGGAACCGGCCCAUCCAGAUCCACCUCCGGCCGAAGACCUAUCGCCAGUACUGCCAGGUCUGGCAGUGGCUGGUCUGCUUCGCCUACCGCAGCACCCAGCCGGACCAGCCCAUCCAGCUGCGCCACCAGCUCAACACCGCCCAGCUGGCCGCGCUUGACUAG